UCGAACUCGGGAAAGAGUUCGACGUGUAGCCUUUUUUUUUCGGGCCAAGCGCCGAACCUCCUACGAGGUCUCCGCGCCUAGGGGGCGCGCGGUGUAUGUGGGACUUGACAAUCUGCAAGGUGUUGGGAGCAGACCGUGGGCCCAAGGUAUUUUAGGGCCCUACCCACUAAAUGACUCUCCUGCACUCUUACACCCGACGUCCGAUCUCCGUCGGAGUCAAAACCCGGUCAGAGUAGGGGGGUCCCCCGGUCAACACUACAACCAGACACGCGGCGCCACCCCAAGGACGCCCUACACUUAAGGGCCUUUUAUUCUCCAAAUAUUUCAGUGUUUCGCACUGAAGUAUGGUGUUUCGUUACAUCAGGUGUGACAUUCAAUAUGUUGACACACGGCUUCAUGUACGGAUUCAAUACGGGACUGUUCACACAGUUGAGGAAGACUAUAGAAAUACAGUUGGAUUUGGAGUUAGAGUCUUGGCUGGGUAAGGGAAAGGAAGAUUUAAAAACAAUGUAGCCUUUAAAAUUUUCGUUUUUGACUCACAUUUCGCAUUCGUACAUAAAAAAACCAGAGAGAACUGAAGUGUGGGGUUAAAGCGAUGGUUUGUGGACGCUCGUUUGGGUUUAUAUGGAAAUCCAUAGACUAGAACUUAUUUCUUACUUACUAUUUCGUUGGUACACGGCUUAAAAUCGGAACGUAACUCUGUAACUAGAAUGCUUGGUGGGUUACCAAAUUUCAUAAGCACAGGUUCAUUAGGUGUAUGGUCAAUUUUAGGCAAGAUGGCGUACUUUUUAUUGAAACCCAAGCUUACAGUCGACCUGAAAUGAUCACCCUUCGGCACGGACAACCUACAACAACUCUAAAACCACUUUCAAAUCUCUUUGAAAUGCAUUUUUAUUCACUCUGAUACCAUUCUGUUCCAUUCAUGCAAAUUGUACACUGAAAAAGAUUUAUUUAUUUAUUUAUUUAUUUGUUUUCAGCUUCUUCAAUUGGCUUAGCAUUCAUUUGGAACGCUACGGGAGAAGACCCGUAUUCGUUUUCGAUAUAAAACCAAAGUGCACUUGGUGCGGAUACUGAUCUUUCCCAUAUUUCUCUACGGGGCGGAGAUAUGGUGCAUGAAAAGCCGGGAUAUCAAAAAGAUCGAUGCCUUUGAAAUGUGGGUGUGGCGGAGGAUGUUACAAAUACCGCGGACUGCUAUGAGAACAAACGAGUCCAUUCUAAAGCAGCUAAACAUCCGAAAAAGGCUCUCUUCCAUCUGCCGGGAACGUGUUAUGAGCUUCUUCGGACACAUCAUGCGGUCUCCCAGACAUGAAUUAGAGAAGCUCACAAUUGCGGGUCGCAUAGCAAGACAAACGCGCCGUGGACAGAACACCAGCCAGAUGAUCAGAUCUAGUAAGAGAAGCACUCGAUGGUAGUCUGUACCACGCGGUCCAUGCCACCCUCUAUGUAUAACUUUGCGAAAACAUACUGUAUACAAUUUAGAGUACAUAGUUGUCGAACUCCUACAAACCCCUGAAAUAAUCUGUCCGCACCCGCGAAAGGGACAUAGUUUUCUUCGACCACAUCAACUAAAAGGGCCGCGGUAGGCCGAUAUGGGCCAGUUCCGCAGUGAAGUGCUUCGCGGUGUCGAGUGUGACCUUCAACAUGUUAUCAUACGGUAUGGUCAUCGGAUUUAACGCAUCACUGUUCUCGGAAUUGAGGAAGAGUCAAGAGAUACCCCUGGACAGGGAUUCAGAAUCAUGGUUGGCAUCACUCAUUGGAAUAACAACAUUUAUUGGAGCGCUAUUCACACCAAUUAUAAUAGACAGCAUCGGCCGAAAACCAGCAGUGAUUACCAGCUCAGUCCUCAUGGUCAGCGGAUGGAUCACAUUAAGCUUAGCCUCAUCACUCCCUGUGUUAUUGGUUGCAAAAUUUUUACAAGGAAUGUCCGUUGGUCUUGGAUCCACGAUGGGAGGACUUUUGAUUGCAGAAUAUAGUAGUCCGAAAUACAGAGGGUCUUUUAUGGCAACAAUUCUUACUUUUGUGCUAUUAGGGAGUCUAAUAUCUCAUUUAUUUGCAUUGUUUUACAAUUGGCAUCAAAUUUCGACAAUAGUAGGAUUUUUCUCUUUGCCCGGAUUAAUUAUUUCUUUAUUCUCUCCCGAGUCCCCAGUUUUUUUGGCAACCAAAGGACGUUACGAUCAAUGCAGAAAAGUUUUUCGCUGGCUGAGAGGUCCAAACGAAGAUGAUGAACUCGAGAAAAUGAUUAAAACUGAUAUGAUCGUUAAAGAAUCUAAAAAGAGCCGUCCCAAAAAGACUAUGUCUAAAAUAAUACAGAAAAAAUUAACGUACGUCAUCUUAACAUUCAAAAAGCGAGAAUUUUAUAUUCCAGUAUUUAUUAUGAUGCAUCUCAGUGCUAUACAUGAGUUCUGCGGUGCUCUCGUCUACGAUACAUAUGCUUUUGACAUCCAUAAGGCUUUAUAUGGUACCGAUAUCUAUAUGUUUAAAGUGAUGGCAUCUGUGGACAUUCAAAGAAUUUUAUCAACCGUUCUAACAGUCUAUUUAACCAGCAGAGUACGGAGGCGUCCAUUAUUAUUCACAUUAGUUGGAUUGAAUAUAUUGGCGUAUAUCUGUGAGGCUGGAUACAUAUACGCCAGGCGUCAUAGUCUACUUCCUUUUGACCACAUGGCUAUAGGAGUAUUUUUACAUCAUUUCCAUUAUUUCACCAACGGAGCUGGUUCUAUGUCCUUGACGACUAUAAUCAGUAACGAGCUAUUCCCAACAGCAGACAAAGGAUUCUGUGGACUGAUUCGUAGUUUGAUUUUCUCAAUCUUCGUCUUUGCAAACGUCAAAAGUGCACCGUAUUUAUUCUCCCUCAUAGAUGUAGAAGGAACAUUAUGUGCCUAUGCACUGUUACUGUUUUACUGUCAAGUUAUGUUAUAUUACAUGUUACCAGAAACUAAAGAUAAAACUCUUCAAGAAAUCGAAGAUAAAUUCAGAGGAUUCUCUUUGGUUGAUCGUGCAGAAAUUUUAAAAACAAAGGAUGAUGAGGAUGUUUCGAAUUGAUGCAUAAACAAAAUUGGAUAAAACAAAUAAUAAUAUGCUUAGAUUACUCUUAAAAGUAAAGUUUUUUUUUCCCCUACCAAUUUGCUGCUAGCCUAAGAGGCAAUACCAGCUACGCCCGGAUGGGUAGGUGAGCUCACAGGCUCAACCUGAGAGAAUCUGCUAACACUAGCCCUAGCAAGAGCAGUGCUUCGCAGAAUCUACCACCGGAUCGGAAUCGCGAUCCACUGAGAAGAUCCGGCGAGAAACUCAGUGGGCUGAGAGAUAAGAGUUAUUUACGGAUAUCAUAGCAUAAAUAAGUACGAGAAAAAAAAAAACAUUUAUCUACUUUGGCUAAAUCGGGAAAUGGGUUUACAUAUACAUAAAUGUAAACUAUGUGGCAGUAGUAUACAUCUGCUGAGGCGUUAGAUUUUGGAAUUUUUAAUAUCCACCAUCAACGUACGAUUCGUACGACAAAGUCAGGAUAUUCGGUCUCCUAGACAACAACACACAACACUUGUGUGUAGAACAACACACCCAUGUGCUAGAUAUUGGACAAGAUAUUGAUGAAAGGUAUAUGAUUAGACAACGUAAAACAACUCCCACUAUGAAGGAGUAACGUCACGUACUAAGCCUCGUAAUUUAUAAAUUAGCUUCCUUACUGAAGAGCCCCCUUGAGUAAAUAACUCUAUAUACUCAGCACGACUGGUAUCGUGGGUUCACCGGGAUCAUCACAUCACGGUUUUGGUUUUGCGUGCACAGAACUUAAUAUAUGAUAAGACAUUUAAAGUGGACCUUAUUCAUUUUUAAAAUAGGCUAUGUCACAUGUUUAAUUGCCUACCAUGUUUGGAAUCGAUACACCAUUUUGCUGCCCUGAGGAGAUCUACAACGAACGCCUCUGGGAUAGGAGGCGUGUCGGGAAAGGUUAAUUGGUAAACAGAUUACGCGUCGUAAAUGGACAUGGAUAGGUCACAUACACAAACACACUAACACGCAUAAUGACCUUCUUAAAUGAUAACACCCAAUGAUCUCUCAACACUUGUCCGCAGCAUCUGUUCACGACUUAACCUAACCUAAUCUAUCUUAAGAAGGAGGGAGCCAAAUCACACAACUUCACUCCUCGCGUUUCCGCCAAAAAGUCCAAAACCAGUAAAAUCAACAAUUUGACCACAGAUUAUAAGCAAUAAGAAAAGUUUGACAGUAAAUAAAUAGUAUGUAUGCGUGUGUGUGUCAAAUACAUGAUAGUGUGUGUGUAAUGUUUUUAUUUAUUGAUUUAAUGUAUAAUAUUUUUCGUGCAUAAUUUAAAAAAUAUAAACAUUCUGCACUCCUUCUCUAUAUUCUCUAUAAGUGUAGAAAAUCGGUACGGAACUGUAAUAACUACAGAACCAUUGCACUGAUAUCCCAUGCCAGUAAAAUUCUGCUUUACAUCAUCAACGCGAGACUAAGAUCUUAUCUGGACUGGCAAAUACCCCAGGAACAAGCCGGUUUUGUGAAGGGGAGGGGCACCAGAGAGCAAAUCCUAAACCUUCGGCUUAUAAUAGAAAAGUGCUAUGAAUAUAACACUCCUACUUUCAUGUGUUUUGUGGAUUACCAAAAGGCCUUCGACUGCGUUAAGUGGGAGAGACUGUGGAAAGUUCUUUCCGAGACAGGUGUACCGGACCACCUCGUAAUGCUGGUUCGCAAGCUGUAUGAGCACUGUGACUGUAGGAGAUUUAACAUCAGGCCGUUUCAAAUUCCAUAAGGGUGUUCGCCAAGGAUGCGUGAUAUCUCCCAUCCUUUUUAAUAUCUAUGGAGAACACAUAAUGCGACAAACUUUAGAUGGUUGGGAAGGUGGCAUAAAGAUAGGCGGAGUAAAGAUAUUGAAUCUCAGGUACGCGGACGAUACCACCCUCUUCGCUUCAUCGGAAAAUGAAAUGGCGGAGCUACUUCACAAACUGGAUACCGUCAGUAUGGAAAUGGGGCUUGCUAUUAAUAAAUCCAAGACCAAGCUAAUGAUUAUUGACCGUUUCAAAGCUAUCCAACGCAACAAUCUCCUACAUGACUACGAAACCGUAACCCAGUUCCCAUACCUUGGCUCACUGAUUACCAACAAAGGAAGUAGCGAACCGGAAAUACGGAGACGGACUGGCAUGGCAAAAUCUGCAAUGACCCAACUGAGCAAAAUCUGGAGAGACCGUAAUAUUACCCACCGAACUAAAAUAUAUCUGGUCCGCACCCUUGUCUUCUCCAUUGCUCUAUAUAGUGCAGAGACGUGGACACUCAAAACCGCAGAUAGGCAGAGAAUCGACACUUUUGAGAUGUGGUGCUGGCGACGUAUGCUACGAAUACCAUGGACGGCCCGCCGCACCAACAUAUCUAUUCUCAGGCAGUUAAAAAUAGAAAAGAUUCAACGUCUAUCCACAAUCUGCCUACAAAGAAUAUUGCGGUAUUUUGGUCAUGUUGCACGCAGGGAUACCAGCAAUUUGGAACGCCUUGUGGUGACCGGUAAAAUAGAGGGAAAAAGGCCUAGGGGUAGAGGUCCCAAACGAUGGUCGGACCAAAUAGCGGAGGAACUGGGGAUACCUAUCAGCGACGCGCUCCACCGGGCUGCAGGGCGGGAUCGAUGGAGACAGUUGGUUGAUGAAAUCGGACGGAGUCACAAUCCUCAGCAGUGAGGAACCGAUCGAAGAGAGAGAGAGAGUAGAAAAUAGAAAAAUCCAUACACCUCCGUCCGCGCAAUUUUCGUAAAAAGGGGCACAAAGUUUUUGCUUCGCGUAUUAAUAUUUUAUAGAUAUGAAUUUUUGAGGCAGUUUUCAUUUUUGAAAGAUAUUUGAUACACAGCUUCUGAGUGUGUGUACUCGGUCUUGUUUCGUGUGCGUUUGCGGCAAACAUUAGUCUCUAUAGAGGAAGGACGAGCAAUACGCGGCCCGCGGGCCCCUCGCAGCCGCCAAGCACAUCUAAAAUUUAAUUUAUUUUAUCGACUUUCUCGUUUCUGCUCGUCUUUCUGUUUUUCUCUUGUUUGUGAAUGAAUAUUUAAAAAAAAAACUAAUAUUUAAAAAAAAAGACAUGCCCCCUGAGUUUCUUGCCAGUUCUUCUCAGGACGGAGGCUAGUUUUUGUGAAUUGGUGGUAGUUCUUUUUGACGUUCAACAAGUGUGUACUGACAUUUAUGUUGAAUAAAAACAAUUUUAUUUGA